CACCGCUUGCAUUCAUUCAUCUGCAUGCACUGCUGACAAUUUUGAUCAAAGGCGAACAGUUACCCUGAUCAGCUUUGUUUUUAACGGGCGCACAUCAACAUCGCGUGCUCCUAAAUUGAAAGUGGGGGGGGGGGGGAAAUUCUGAAUGUGGAUCCUAGGUCUCUCCCCCUGUCUACCCUUCCCUCCCCCAUCUGGACUCCCCUCAAACGGGGAAAGCUCGCAGCCAUCGGGUGGUGGAAGGAUCUGAGUCUGUAGCUCAGGGAAGGAGAUUAGGGCCAAAGCGGUGCAAGUUAAAUUGUGCUGCAUAUAAAAAAAAAAUGGGCGGAUUGGUCUCCAGAUCCAGAGACUGGUACCACCUUCCUUUCUAAAAUAAAAUCUCUCUGGCAUGAAGUCACCGCCUAUUUCACAUCCGGUUUGCCCUGGGACGUAUUACUACUGUCUCGGUAAAGAGAAAUCUUUUGUUGUAGAGCCGCGGAUUGGAUUUGGGGGAGCCAAUCUGGGUGUGAAAUCCUCGGCAGAGGAGCACGCAGAGUCCAUGAUGGCUCAGACCGAGUGAGUGAGAGGCUGGGCGCAGACGCCCCUCCGCUCGCCUCCGGACUCGCCCCUGACUCCGGCUGCUCCCGGCUCUGCACGGUUUUCUCUCGCAGACACUUCGCCCCGGGUCUGGAGCGAUCGGUGCCCACAGGGGGCCCGAGCUGCACAAGCCCGCGAUGAAGAAGAAAAGCCUGCGUCUCCUUGACUAUCUUUGGGCCUGGACCCUCCUUCUGGGCACACUGACUGGAAGAAGCUAUGGACAACCCUCAAUACAAGAUGAACUUAAAGACAAUACCACUGUCUUCACCAGGAUUUUGGACCGACUCCUAGAUGGUUAUGACAAUCGCCUAAGACCAGGAUUGGGAGAGCGUGUAACUGAAGUGAAGACUGACAUCUUCGUCACCAGUUUCGGACCCGUUUCAGACCAUGAUAUGGAAUAUACAAUAGAUGUAUUUUUCCGUCAAAGCUGGAAGGAUGAAAGGUUAAAAUUUAAAGGACCCAUGACAGUUCUCCGGUUAAAUAACCUAAUGGCAAGCAAGAUCUGGACUCCAGAUACCUUUUUUCACAAUGGAAAGAAGUCAGUGGCACACAACAUGACCAUGCCCAACAAACUCCUGAGGAUCACGGAAGAUGGUACCUUGCUGUACACCAUGAGGCUGACAGUGAGAGCUGAAUGCCCAAUGCAUCUGGAGGACUUCCCUAUGGAUGCCCAUGCCUGCCCACUAAAAUUUGGAAGCUAUGCUUAUACCAGAGCAGAAGUUGUUUAUGAGUGGACCAGGGAGCCAGCACGCUCAGUGGUGGUAGCAGAAGAUGGGUCACGCCUCAACCAGUACGAUCUUCUUGGACAAACCGUAGACUCUGGAAUUGUUCAGUCUAGCACAGGAGAAUAUGUUGUUAUGACCACUCAUUUCCACCUGAAAAGAAAGAUUGGCUAUUUUGUUAUUCAAACAUACCUGCCAUGCAUAAUGACCGUCAUUCUGUCCCAAGUCUCCUUCUGGCUCAACAGAGAGUCUGUACCAGCAAGGACCGUCUUUGGAGUAACAACUGUGCUCACCAUGACAACUUUGAGCAUCAGUGCCAGGAAUUCACUCCCUAAGGUGGCUUAUGCAACUGCUAUGGAUUGGUUUAUCGCAGUGUGCUAUGCCUUUGUGUUCUCCGCUCUGAUCGAGUUCGCCACCGUAAACUAUUUCACCAAGAGAGGUUAUGCCUGGGAUGGCAAAAGCGUGGUUCCAGAAAAGCCAAAGAAAGUGAAGGAUCCUCUUAUGAAGAAAAACAACACUUACGCUCCGACAGCAACCAGCUACACCCCUAACAUGGCCAGGGGUGACCCUGGCUUAGCCACCAUUGCUAAGAGCGCGACCAUAGAACCAAAAGAAGUCAAGCCAGAAGUCAAACCUCCAGAACCCAAGAAAACCUUUAACAGUGUCAGCAAAAUUGACCGCCUGUCAAGAAUAGCCUUCCCGCUGCUAUUUGGAAUCUUCAACUUGGUUUACUGGGCUACCUAUUUAAACAGAGAGCCUCAGCUCAAAGCCCCCACCCCACACAAGUAGGUCCUUUUAUUCACAUUCUGCUGUUCAGUCCUCUGCAACGGAAAUUGCUUUCUGUUCUCAACGCGGUAAUUCCCAUCUGCUUUAUUGCCUCUGUCUUAAAGAAUUUGAGGGUUCCCUUAUUUCCAUAAUUCCUACAAGAACACACCCCUGUCCAGCAGUGCAGAGCAGAGCAGAGAAUACAGCUGAGAGACAGGAUUCUGAGAGUGAGAACGAGAGAGCAAAAACAAUCACAAUGGAAGGAGACAGAACGAAAGGGAGAGGGAAGAAGGGGGACAUAGUUCCCAAGAUAGGAGGUAAAGUAGAAGAAAAAUAAAACAACUGUAACUCUAGAUAAUUUGUAGAUAUAUAUUUCCAAAUAUUCUAAACAAAGAAGAUACUAUAUAUGUCAAAAAUAUUUUUAUGUGAAGGUGUUUAAAAGAAAAAAAAUUAUAAAUGUUUAAUGAAGAAAAUUUUCAAAGAAUCUAUAUCUUUAUUGCACAAACUAUGGUAUGCUUACAUUUUUGUUUUGUUUUUUAAACCGAUGGAUAACUUCCAUAUUUUUGUUUCCAAAGCUAAGGACCCCCAUUCUUUCUCCUGUUAUAAAUGCCUAACAUGCUAUUUUGUUGCUAAGUGCUAUUUUAAAAUUCAUAGAGGAGCAGUUCCUCCUUGUAGAGCACAUUUCGUCCAAAGGAGAGAAAUGUUCUAUACAGGCUAUUUUCACUAUCAUCUCCACUUUUAUCUCUGGACUUGAUGAAGAAUCAUUUUAACAAAAACAUAAAUACUCAAUAAUAGCCCAAAAUUUUGAAAAUUAAAUAAAAUAAUUAAAAAAUAUUCCCUUUCUCAUCAUGCCUAUUUACAGAUAGCACAUGGGUUCCAUAAAUCACUUCAUUCCCUUUAUAAAGAUGUUUUAGAGGGGCAAAAAUAUUUUGCAAGCUCUAGAAUUGUUGAAUGUAUUUUAUAUACCGUACAUUAAAAGCUUUAGAUUGAAAUCUAUGACUAGUGAACAAAAAUAGAAUAUAUAAAUUAUCUAUGUACAUAUACAGCAUGAGAUUGUACAUUUUUUACUUUUUUUUAAGGUUGUGUUCUUAAAAUAGUGUGUAAGACUCACCGCUCUUAGCUGUUAGAAUGUUGUUAAGUGCUAUGGAAAUACCUUUAGAGCCUGCAUUUAAGAUUAGAACAGCUUGCAGGAAUCAGGUGGAACUUCAAAUAUAUGGGCAUAAAGUUCAUUUACGUAGAGAAAGCUUAUAAUUGCAAACUGCUGUCUGGCGUACAGUAGUAAAUCAGUUGCUAUCUGCUCCAGUACUGCCACAGUUCCCUAAAUUAGACUCUUGUAAUAUAGAAACGAAAUGGAAAAUCAUUAGUGAGAGCGAGAAAAUCAACUGUAUAUUACCGCUAUCUUUGCUGAUAUCAACUAUUUCGAUGUGCUGUACCAUAUGUAGCACCAACUAUAAAAAUUCAUGAAAGAGAAUGUACAGGAAAUAGCUUUUAUUGAGUAAUGUUAUUUCAUUUAUACUGUAGCAAUAUAUUUGUAGGUAUACUAUGUAAGGGCUUUAACGACAAGAGGUUCAUUAAUACUCCCUAUGAAAGUUCUAGGCGGUUUCAUUACUUCCCAGAUGUUUUAGAGAUAAAUAUUUAUGCAGAAGGUAUUUUUGAAGUCUCCUUUUUGUCCGAUAGGGUUUCAGAUUUAUUUAAAAUUAGCAUCCAGAAUCCACAGUUCAUGGUCUAAGCAACACAUUUAGGGUACCACAACAUAAGCCUGUCAGCCUAAUUGCCAAAUGAGACAGUAUGGUCCAUACCCAGGUUUGGAGCUAUGUCUUUCUCAAAAAGCUGCUAUCCAAUGAUGUAGGAAAAUACACUAUGUUUUCCUAAACAAACUCUGGUUUUCUUUUUAAAUGUGCUUUAUUGUUUGAUUUGGUCCUGCUGAAAUUCCAUGAGCUAGGCCAAUAAAGGCUGAAGCAAGGGUGUUCAUCCUCUGGUAUCGUGUGUAGAUAUCAUGUAUAGAAAAUAAAGUAAAAUAUGGCUCUAACUUCUAUGUUACUGUUUAUCUUGUUAGUUUUCUGUGUCAAUCUAAUGUGUUUAUUAAGAGUAUUUUAUCUUCCAGACUCGUCAUGACUAACGUUUGGUCUGUAUUUUGCUCAUUAGAUGUGAAUAUUUCUUAUUAGUCAGCUUCCUGCUAUGCAAUGAUGGCAUUUCUCUCAUUUCUUAGUUUGUUAGUAUAUGUGGAUAAUAUUCUAUUGUAUUAAUUGAUUACAUAAUUUAUGGAAGACAAAUAAUUCUAUGUAGUUUUUCUACAGUGCUUUGCUAAACCAUGUAAUACUAGGUAAGUCUUCCUUGAAUAUAAAGUUACGCUCUUAAAGAGGACAGUUCCUGUUUAUUACCAGGAAUAUUUUUAAAGAUGACACUGAAUGUUUAUUGCACAUUAGUGCAGUGAAGUGGCAAUAAAACCUAAGAUGAAUUGAGGUUGUUUAUCGCAGAUGCAUGUAUUGCUUUACAGCGUUUAGCAAAAGCUCUUAAUUUUAUGUCAUACUGUAUUCUAUUAUAAUAAUAAAGCUAACAUUAUUAAAUAACAAGA